AUGUCAUUCGCGUUACUUCUGUUACCUACUCCAGCAUUCGCGUUCUGCAGGGGCGAAACUCCCACCGGCGGCGCAUUCGCGUACCGUUUCCCCUCGCGCGCCCCGUCGGCAAACACACCACACCCUCCGCCAGCUCUUCCCGUGCGCCCGGUCGACGGGAGGGGAAGGGUUGGCCGCCAAGGCGUGUCCUUCUUCGCGCACCCUUGCCAGCUCCCCCUCCCAUCGCCACCCAGUGGAGUUUCCGCUCCCCGUCGCCUCUCCUCCCGUCGCCUCUCCUCCCCGUCGACACUCCCCCCCGUUCCCCACUUGAUGUCUUCCUUUCUAUCAUUCCUCCUCCAUCCCUUUCCCCCCUCCUCCCUUCCUCCCCGCCUUCCCUUCUUUCCUUCCUCCAAUUCUCCCUUACCUCCCUCGCUUGCUUCCUUACACCCCGCCUCCCGUCCUCCCUUCCCCCUUUCCUCCCUUGCCCCCAUUCUUCCUUUCUUCCGUUCCUCCCUUCCCCCCUUCCUCCCUUCCUCCCUUCCUCCCUUCCUCCCUUCCCCGCUUCCUCCCUUUCCCCUUUCCGUCACCUCAGGCUCCCUUUCCCCUCCCUUUCCCCUCCCUUUUAUUUACGUUGCCCAUUCGCAGAUCACUUACAUCCCCUAUCAUUCCGUGCAACAUCUUUCCUCCACGUCGCCGCACACCCUUCUCCCCACGGUCGCACGCUCUCCUUCCACGCAUAGACACUCCACAUGCUGCUUUCUCAUCCCUCCUUUUGCGAAACACUAUCACUUCUGCAGUACAAUUAGGCAAGGCGGCAUUGAAGAUAGUAUGGGAGAGACGACGAGAACGAGCGAGUCGGAGUUCCUCUACUCCCCCCUUCCCCGUGCUGACGCCCGACCCCAAGGCGGCGCUGAAGUUAGUAUCGAAGACGACGAUGAGAGCGAGCGAGUCGGAGGCCGGCACCGCUUUGAGCUCUUCAUGGGGCACGGCAUGGGUGCAGCCACCACGGGUGAUGAGCCUAUCAGUGCGAGGACGGCAUAUGUGUUGGCCAAGGCGGGGGGGCGCAUUGCGCAUGGGCUCACAGUGUUUGGGUGCUGCCUGCGCUGCGCCAGCACAACCACCUGGGCCUAUGCCGUGGUGACGAGCGUGGAGGCGGCAUACGGCAUUGCGCUGAACAGUGAGGCUCCACGGCUGUCAGUGGACUCGCUCUUUACAGUCAUGGGGCUCACCUCCCCAGCAGCCAAGUGCACCAUAGGGAACUCCCCUGCUGCGGCCUUCGAAAAGCUCCUCACUCUUCCCCGUGGUGGACUCACAACCGACAGCAGGCCAAUUUCAAAGUACCCCAUCCAAGGGUUUGAGCGCACACAGUUCAAGGGGUAUGUGGGGCUCAUGCUGGCAGUGAGGCGGCAACCAGUGGUGGUUCACAUCGAGGCCUCUGCUGCCACGUUCAUUCAAUAUGACGGGACCUUCAAGUAUCAGGACCCCUCUUGCUACACCGGCAACCUUAACCAUGCCAACACCACAGCCUCCACUUUGGCUGUCACUGGGGCCAACUGGUGGUGCACCGAUGUAUUACCUGCUGUUGGCCUCGCUUUGGCCAGCCUCCCACAGCAAAGCAUGACCGUUAACUGCAGCCAGCCAUUGCCUUUGGGCAAGGUGAUUCAGUUGGGCAGCACUGCCACCACCACUCCUUGCACUUCCUUCUUCUAUGCCCUCGAUGGGGACACCUGUGCCUCUAUCAGCACCCAGUUGGGACUCACAUUGACUGACCUUUUCUCUCUCAAUCCCGGCCUGAACUGCUCGGAGCCCAUCAAGCUGGGCCGCUCUCUGUGCAUCGAGCGCAACACCACUUUAGCCUACACCAUCCCACAGUGCUUGCGGUACGGCAUGCUCACAGCACAAGAUACGUGCGAGGGCCUGCUGCUGCAGAGCAUGCAGUCUAGUGAGGAUGAGGCCGCAGGUGCUGGAGUGGUGACUGCAGCCAGCUGGGCUGAGCUCUACCGCAACAAUCCUGGCCUCAUAUGCCCCUGCACCAUCACUGCAUCUAGCGCCACUGCUGCCACUAUGACCAGCGUGCAGGUGAGGAAAUGGGAUAUGUAUGGCCAUAUGCCUCAAGGCAGACUACGAGUCCUUGAGUUCUCACAGCUGCAAGAUCGGUAG